CCAGAGUCUCCUCUCGCUCCAUCUCCUCCUCACACUUUACCAUCUCGUACGUAUCUCGUUUCUGUCGUCUCUUUAGCCGUCCGGAGCCAUGAUGAGGAACUCCAUGUCUGACCGGAGCUUCGUCGUCGAGAGCGACGACGAUGACGACGAGACGAAGCACCACGGCGGGGAGGAAUCGGACGGGUCUGACUCCUCGUCGUCGUGCGGCAGCCCGCGGGUCGCCGGCGUGCUGCCCGUGAGCUCCUACAACAGUACCCACCAAUGGCCGCAAAGCUACAGGCAGUCGAUGGACAUGUACAGCAGCGUGCAGUCCCCGAGCCUGAGCGGGUUCCUGCAUCAGGGCACGCCCAGGCUGAGCAGGCUGUCCAGCUCCUUCCUCAGCUCCUUCCGGGGCAAGCCGCCCGCGCCACCGGAGAUCGCCGUCUCCGGUGGCCUCAUCAAGCCGCUCCUUCCGCCGGACGACCAUUAUAACGACGAGGAGGAAGGAGGCGUUCGGAAGAGCUCUCAUCAACAUUUGCCACCACCGAGGAAGGCGUCGUCUCUGUUCAAGAUCCCCGAGGACCAGCAGAAGAAGAAUCCUCUGCCCGGGGGGGCUGGCCAUGAGGUGGGGCCCUACCGUCAGUGCUCCUACACCCAAGGGGUCUUGAACGGAGUGAAUGUUUUGUGUGGUGUGGGAAUCCUCUCAACACCAUAUGCUGUCAGGCAGGGUGGCUGGCUUGGGCUGGUCAUACUAGCCGUGCUCGCCGUACUGGCAUGGUACACCGGCGUGCUCCUCCGGCGCUGCCUGGAUAGCAAAGAAGGCCUCGAGACCUACCCGGACAUCGGCCACGCUGCCUUUGGCACUCCUGGCCGCAUCAUCAUCUCCAUAAUCCUGUACAUGGAGCUGUAUGCAUGUUGCGUUGAGUAUCUGAUAUUAGAGAGUGACAAUCUAUCAAAGUUGUUCCCCAAUGCACACCUAACCAUAGGGGGAUUCACCCUGGAUUCCCAUGUGUUGUUCGCAAUCCUGACCGCUCUUAUUGUCAUGCCGACAACUUGGCUCCGUGACCUCAGUUGUCUGAGCUUCAUUUCAGCCGGAGGAGUCAUUGCGUCGAUCGUCAUUGUCUCAUGCCUCUUCUGGGCAGGGCUUGUUGAUCAUGUUGGUAUCGACAAGAGCGAAGGGACGGCACUGAAUCUCCCUGGGAUCCCCAUUGCCAUUGGCCUGUAUGGGUACUGUUACUCAGGGCAUGGAGUGUUCCCUAACAUAUACUCUUCUCUGAAGAAAAGCAACCAGUUCAAUGCUGUCGUUUUCACCUGCAUCACGCUGUCUACUAUUUUGUUCGCCGGUGCUGCAAUUAUGGGGUACAUAAUGUUUGGUGAAUCCGCAGAGUCUCAGUUCACUCUAAAUUUACCACCUAAUCUCGUGUCUUCCAAGAUUGCCGUCUGGACUACGGUGACAAAUCCAAUAACAAAAUAUGCCCUUACCAUGACUCCUCUUGCCCUCAGUUUGGAAGAGCUACUUCCCUCAAAUCGACAGACGUACCUGAACAUAAUUCUGCUCAGAUCAGCUCUUGUGUUAUCUUCCCUUGUUGUUGCUCUAUCUGUUCCAUUCUUCGGACUUGUGAUGUCCCUAGUUGGGUCUCUUCUCACCAUGUUUGUGGCGUAUAUUCUGCCAUGUGCUUGCUUUUUGGCCAUCCUUCGGAGUACGGUGACUUGGUAUCAGGUAGUACUAUGUGUGUUCAUCAUUGCUGUCGGUCUCUGCUGUGCUGGUAUUGGCACAUAUUCCUCCCUUUCUAAGAUAAUACAAAGUUACCAGUGAAUCGCUUGGAAGCACUAUGGUUUCUAUGUACUAAAAGAUGAUUCUUUCACUUGACCGAAUUUCUUUUCACAAGACAUCUUUGUGAAAAAUGUCUUAUUAGAUAGGAGGUACUGAAGAAGAAUAAUUUGUGGUUGCUCGAUGGGAGUACCUAUUUCACCUCAUUCUUCAUUCAUAAUUUUUUUGUUAGCAAUGAUGAGGUUGGCAUCUUCUGUAGAGAAAAAAAGUUGGGUUUGGUCCCACGUGGCUGUGGGGGAAAUGUAAGGGGUCGACUUGUAAGAGUAGAGUAACCUUUCUUAUCAAGCUGUCCUUUUUAGGGAGAGGGUCCAAGCCCUUUUAUAAGCUCUUGUUUCUCUCUGGUCA